CUCUACCAGAACCACAUCGAUUCAUUAAUUCAUUCACUUCUGAGUUCAUUGAUUCAUCGUGACCAUCGUGACCAUGGCCAAGAUUCUCGUUGUUGUCGGCGCGACCGGCCAGCAAGGCGGCUCCAUUGUUAAGACCACCCUCGCCGACCCGGAGCUGAGCCAGGAGUACGCCAUCCGAGGCACUAGCCGUGACCCUUCCAGUGCCAGUGCUAAGGCACUAGCCGCCAAGGGGGUGGAAGUGGUCCCCGCCGAUUUCUCCGACCCCAACUCCCUCCAGCGUGCCUUUACGGGAGCCCACGUUGUCUUUGGCAACACAACGACCAUCUACGAUGGCCACACGAAGGAGCACGAAGUCAGCCACGGCCGGGCCUUGGUAGAUGCUGCGGUCGCUGUGGGGGUGCCUUUUUACAUUUACUCGACCUUGCCCAACAUUUCCAAGAACUCGAACGGGACCCUCACGUCGGGCGGUCAUUUCGACGGCAAGGAAGAGGUCGAACAAUACAUCCGCACGCUGCCCAUCAGAAGCGCCUUUAUCGCCCCGGGAUCGUUCAUGUCCAAUUUUCACGAGACCAUGACGCCUCGUGCGAUGGGCGAUGGCACGUACGCGCUGAUCUCGUUUGUGACGCCAGAGACGCAGUUGCCGUUGAUCAAUACGGCAGGCGAUACCGGCAAAUGGGUAGCAACUAUUCUAAGCGAGUUCGACAAGUACGAAGGCAAGGUGCUGUGCUGUGCGACGGCGCUGUAUAGCUUCGCGGAGAUUGCCGAGACGAUGAGUCGGGUGUCAGGCAAGACGGUAGCGUAUCGUCAGGUACCGGAGGAGGUGUGGCGGGGAUUUCUGCCGCCGUUGAUGGUGGACUUUAUUGCGGAUAUGUUGAAGUCGUUCCAAGACUAUGGGUAUUAUGGCGAGAAGACGGCGGAGAAGGUGCAGUGGUCGGCCCAACAGGCGCGGGGGGCGUUGACCACCCUAGAGAGAUAUCUGCAGGAGAAUCCACUCAACCUAAAGUGAAGAACUGGUGGAUUGAGCUUAAUGGGAAACGCAACACGUGGAUUGUAGCGACAUAGCUCUGGGGCAAUGAAGCUAGUCUAUCCCUAAAACCAUGACAGUAUUCAGUUCGGUGGUGCUCAUAGCAAUGGCCGUAACAGGUCCACUGUCAUUUCAGUUACCUCUCUUAAUCAAUAAAUAUAGUUCUUCAGAGCCUCAUUAAA